AGCUGUGCUGAAAUAACGAGACAUUUUGUGCCCUAACCUAGAGAAAACCUAAAAGCCUCGUUGGCGGUAGCGGCAGUGACAGGAGAAUGGGAAGGUCGAGAAGAAAGUACAAGCAAUCGAGAACCAAGGUCCGUGUGGGACUCCCUAAGAAGAACCCUAGGCUUUUCAAACCCUCUUUCUCCGUUCCACCCAAGCUCUUGCAAUCCCUCGACCAAGAGCCUCAAUGGGACGACCAAGGCACCGUUAACACCAACUACUCCUCCUUUGGCGUUCUCUCUGACCCUAACUCCCUCACCGAACUCUCUUCCGAUCCUCAAACCAUCGAUUCCGGCAGCGAUCUCGAAGAAGACGACUUGAAAUCUGCCCUAGGAAAGAAGCGAAGGGAUGGGAGGAGCGCGCCGCCUCAGCCUCUGACUGCAAUGCAACGGAUUCAUAUCAGUCGUCUCGUCGCUAAAUACGGAGAUGAUUAUCAGAGUAUGUUGGUGGAUAUAAAGCUGAAUCCGAUGCAGCAUUCAAUUGGAACUCUGCAGAAGCUGUGCAUGAGGUAUCAUAUGUAUCAAAAUAAGAACCCGCUCCUUAAGGCCAAAUGAAAUGGGAGCUUAAUUAAUUAAUCCAUGGAUGGAGAUGCAAUGAUUGGAGUGGAUCGUUUCGCCAAAAUUUUUGUCACAGUGAGGACUUGUUUCUCUACCAUGUCAUCGUUGAGAAAUUUUGUUAAUGCUUUUGAAUUUUUGAAUUAUUUGUGGAUUUUUGUUGUGAUAGAUUAGGCAUUCUGGACCUCUGCUCUUCCAGUCUUCCUAACCUGCUACCACCAAGAUUAUGUAGCAUUUUAUUAUAGAAUUAGAUUUUCAAUCAUGAAAUAGAGUUACAUACAUGCACUUUUGGAGUUUUCACACUCUUAAGAAAUCAUCUUUGUUAGAUUAGGAAUUUUUAAGUAAUUAUUAUAAAAUUAUACGUUUGGUUUUUA